GAUGAUGGGAAGGAGAAGGACGGCGCUAUAAAUUGAAGGAAGAAAAGUCGUCGGAGCCGAAUCACCGAUAAUUCGGUCCUUUUUUUUUUCCCAUCGGCUCUGAAUCGGUCAUAAUAUUUAGAUUCUGUGACUGUGAGAAAGUUGGCAAAAUUUUUACGCGCUUUCGUCUCAGACCCAUCUGAAUUUGCUCCAUUUCCAUAGCUACAACAUUCCUGUUUUUCCUAAACUAGAUCUCUGUUUCCGGGCGGUGUGGAUAUGGGGAUGGAUGAACGGUGGAGAUUUCGCCGGCAGAGGCUGCGAUGGGCGGUGCUGGCGGCGGCGCUGUUGUUUUUUCAGAAUGUGGGUCUCUGUUCUUCUCUGAACGAUGAAGGUUUGGCGUUGUUGAGGAUUCGGGAAGCAAUUGUGAGAGACCCUUAUGGAGCUUUGUCGAACUGGAAUGAUAAGGAUGAACAUGUGGAUCAUUGUUCUUGGUUUGGUGUUGAGUGCUCUGAUGGGAAAGUGGUGAUACUGGAUUUGAGAGAUCUUUGUCUUGGAGGAACAUUGGCACCGGAAAUGGGCAAAUUGCCACACAUCAAAUCCAUCAUUCUAAGGAACAACUCGUUCCAUGGAGGAGUUCCUGAAGAGAUUGGAGGGUUACUUGAAUUGGAGGUUUUGGAUUUGGGAUUCAAUAAUUUCUCUGGGCCAUUUCCAUUGGAUCUUGGCAUUAACUUGUCUCUAACAACCUUGCUUCUCGAUCAUAAUGAAUUCAUUGGCAGCAUAACUCCUGAAGCCUAUGAACUCAACUUGCUAUCUGAUGUGGGUUACCGGAGGCAGCUGCUAGGAGUAGGGAUUCAAUCAUUAGAGAAUCAAGUUAACAUGAACGGAAGGAGGCUGUUAUCCCCGUCUCGGGGACCUUCCUUCAUUUCGUUACCACCAUCUUCAUUUGAUUCAUCUCCAUCUCCAUCUCCAUUGUCACCUUCAGAUCCACCAUUCCCUCCAGCACCUUCCCCGAGUUCCCCAUCGGUAUCUCCUGCAAAGUCUCCAGUCUCAUGGAGGUCAGCACCUGCUCCUAGCCUUCGUUUGAGUCCUGCACGACCACUCGCUGCAGCUCCAACUCUACCCGCGCCAGCUCCUGCAAGGACACCAGUUCAUGUUCCCACACUGCCACGCUCCCAUUGGUUUCCUCCACACUCCUCAGCUCCAUCUCCAAGUCUGAUUAGGGGGAGUAAUAGGAACAAUAAUCACAAAAUUCAAAUGUUGACAGGAAUUAUAGCCGGAUCGUUGUUCUUUUUAAUUAUAACUGUCAGCAUUUUGGUAUUUCGAAGCAGUAAGGUUGUUACCGUGAAGCCUUGGGCCACAGGUUUGAGUGGACAGCUGCAGAAGGCAUUUGUAACAGGUGUCCCCAAGCUUAAACGAUCCGAACUUGAAGCAGCUUGUGAAGACUUCAGUAAUAUAAUUGAAUCCUUUUCAGACAUCACUGUCUAUAAGGGAACUCUUUCCAGCGGGGUUGAAAUAGCUGUGACAUCAACUGCAGUGACAUCAAAUGCAGAUUGGUCAAAAACUAAAGAGGAACAGUUCAGGCAAAAGAUUGAAACUUUAUCAAGGGUGAACCACAAGAACUUUGUCAGCCUCAUCGGGUUUUGUGAAGAAGCACAGCCAUUCACAAGGAUGAUGGUUUUUGAAUAUGCUCCAAAUGGAACACUCUUCGAGCAUCUCCACAUAAAAGAAGCAGAGCACUUGGACUGGGAGAUGCGAUUACGAAUAGCAAUGGGUGUGGCAUACUGCUUAGACCAUAUGCACCAGCUCGAUCCGCCUGUCAUACACAGACAUCUUUGUUCUUCAUCAGUUUACCUCACAGAAGACUAUGCCGCCAAGUUGUCGGAUUUUAGCUACUGGAGUGAAGCAACAGCAGCAAAGUUAGGAUCAGCAACGGUGGAGCACUUGGAAACUUCACCUGCAGAUUCAGAGAGCAACGUUUAUAGCUUUGGGGUGAUUUUGUUAGAAAUGAUUACAGGUAGAAUACCAUUCUCGGUUGAUAAUGGCUCUCUUGCAGAUUGGGCAUCAGAUUUUCUGAAGGGAGAACAGUCAUUAAGAGAUAUAGUUGAUCCGAUUCUAAGCUCUUUCAAACAAGAACAGCUUGAAAAUUUGUCUCAAGUGAUAAAAAUGUGUGUCCAGCCCGAGCUGGAGCAAAGACUGACAAUGCCCGAAAUUGCUGCAAGGUUGAGAGAAAUCACAGCAUUGGAACCUGAUGCAGCAAUGCCAAGGGAAUCUCCACUAUGGUGGGCCGAACUUGAAAUCUUGUCUACAGAGACAAGCUGAGUUUAAGUUGAUCAUCAAGUUCAAUGUUAACAUAUGCUAUCCUUUCAUUUAGGGUUUGAAAUUUUUUUUGUGGCUUGUAGCAAUUGGUUGCUUGGCUGUAAAAUGUAAAAUAGCAGCAGGGUUGAGUAGGGAAGAUGCUGUUCUCCCCUGAUACAAAGUGGUAACAAAAGAAACUUGUAGAUAGAAAAAGCUGCUAAGCCUAUGUUGUAAAAGCUCCACAACAUGAAUGUGUAUAUGCAUGUCUCUUCAAAGAUAAGGAUCAUGCUUUUCUGUGUGUUUUGCA